AUGACGCAUGAUCCCGCCAGCCAGGACGACCCUCCAACAUCCCCACGCAAACCCCUCGACCUGCAUAAAUACAUUCCCUCCCCGAUCCAGCCCAGUUCUAAAGCCUCCGAGCGCCUGCAUCAGCAAUGCCUCGAUCUUCUCGCCGAAGUCGACGAGCUACAGAGCCUCCUGAAGUUCUCCCUGCGCAACCCGCAACUCGUCGAGGUGCGCCAGUUCCGGUCCAACGUGACCUCUGAGCUGAAGAUGCUGCAGAAACUAGAGCAGCGCUUUCAAGACGCUGCCAAUAUCAGCGAGAGUAAGACAACGGCCCAGAGGGAGAGCCAAAGCCAGGACCCGGACCGUGAUAGCGAUGACGAGGGUGAAGCUGCGGAGGAGGAUGAUUCCUCGAUGGAAAUGCGGCUGAUGCAUGCGCUGCGGUCGUCCAAUUUACCCUUUUAUCAAGCCGUGUGGGAUAUUGCGAGGGGCUCGUGCUAUGGGCUUCUUGCUCUGGGAAAACGGUUCUAUUGGGAUGGACCAAUGAAGGAUUCUUCUGAGAAGGAGACGAGUGCGCCGAAGACUGCUUCGAAGAAGGGCCAGGGGAAGCAGCCGAAUAAGGAUAAACGCAAAAGUGUCUUUGUAGACAUUGUGGCCGAUGAUGGAGAAGAAUGGGUAAAAGUUUCGACCAUGUCAGAGAGCAGAUUGCUCUUCGAGAUGGCUAAGAAAGGGUGGGAGCGGGACUCGGAGGAUGAGUGUAUGUCCGACGAAGGGAGUGACAACCCGCGACGACGGACUGUGCUACGGAAUUUUGAUGGUUCGGACUACGGAGAGGAUGAUGAUGAGGAUGAGCUGGAACUUAUUAAGUUGGCACGCGAUCUAAGGAAAGCGGCCGAUGCUACACGGUUGCGGUAUAGACACCCGCGACUACGAGUGGUGCUGCCUAAAAUCGGGGAAGGAAAUGUUCCUGAAAUUGAUGAUAUUCUCCAUGAGAUGCGCAGCUAUGGGGUCAAGGUCGAAUGCCAGGAGACGCUGUCAAUAGCUGCCGGCGCCAAAAAGCCCGAGCUGACCUGCCUUUUACCCCGGCCGUUCAAACGCUUCACUGCCACCUUGAAUGUGGAUUGCACUCUCCUCCUCGCCCUAGUGUCUGACCUAUCCCAUGCCAAGGAAAUUGUUCCAUUGCCCAGUUUCCAUAGAGCUAUCCUUCGGCAGAUCGAGGUUGAAAAGCAGCAGCCGCUGUUACAAACCGAGCUCUGGCCCGCCAUGGGGGACCAUGAGCUGGUGUGUACCAACGAGGCGGCAACUCGCAUGCGCGAAAUCGUGCAACUCAUAGGCACCGAUACCGAGAAAGAAAGAACGAAGAUUAUGAUGGGUGACCACCCAUAUGCGCACCUGGACCGACGGAUUGCCGUCCAAAAAUUCCAGGAGUUGUCGGACUGGCAGGUGCCAAUACACUGGCAACUCCCCAUCAAGGUCAUAGACCCGCAGCCGGCCAUCACUGCGGCAAAGAUAGAUGGAAAACUGCCGCCAGUGGCAGAUCGAGUUGCCGAAGGGUUAUCAGAUAUCAACCACAGCGUUUUCAUGUAUGGGUGGGUGACUGGUAUGACGACCAUUUCCAGCAAUCGCACAAUCGAUAAGCAGAUCGAAACGACGAUCGAGAAUAAUCGAGGCACUGAUGAAGACCUCGAGGGACCCAUGGUCUGGAUCUGUGACACAGCUCGAAGUUUGGCCGGGAAAGAAAAAGAUCGCAAAGCAUAG